UCAGUGUUUCUGUCUUGUUUGGUCAAAUGCAGCAGCAGUCAUAAACCAGACAAGAUCAGAUGGAAAUUACCAAACAACAGAGAAAUAAAGCAGACGACUAACUCUAUUGAACUGAACCCACUCUAUCAGGGCAGAUUUCACAUGUUUGGUAAACAUUCAGGAAAUUUCUCUCUGCUGAUUUCUAACCUGACGGAGAAAUAUGAAGGACUGUAUUCAUGCUGGAUUAAUGAGAAUCAACACAAGAGCUUCAAUCUCACUGUUAAAGGCUGUGUUUUAUCCGAACAUCCAAUCACUAUCAUCUCAUAUGCAGGAGAAUCCGUGACGCUUCCAUGUUCCUGUGAAGAUCCAAAAACCAAACCAGAACACGUUGAAUGGAAGCGUGCAGCUUUAAAUGAGACCCUGGUUUCAGAUUCUAAAGAUGUCAGCGGACGCUUCCAGAUCCUUAGAGAAUCUCCUCAUAAUCUCUCUUUACGGAUCUCAAACCUGACUGAGACUGACGGAGGAUUAUAUGUGUGUACAGUCAAUGGAAAACAAUCCAGACGCAUAAAUCUCACUGUUACAGAUUUCAGCAAAAGUCGUCUCAAAUACUCCCUGAUGUUUCUGAUCUGUCUGAUGCUGCUGCUCCUGACUGGAUUCAUCUGCUGGAGAUAUGCACAGGCAAAAAAGGGAAGGAGAGGAACCCAAGUGACCCAGAGACCAGAUCAUCAGGAUGAUGUGACGUACUCCACUGUGAUGAAGAUUAACAGAGGAAAACCUGCAGAAAACCAACAACAGGAUGAUGUGACUUACUCAAGCGUAAAAGACAUUAAAGGGGGAAAAAGGACUUGUAGAAAGGAGGAGGAGGUUGUUUAUUCUACUAUGGCAGACGUGAGCAAUGGCAGAUCUGCUCAGGAUGAUGUCACAAACUCAUCUGUAGUCUGCAGCAAAUCUCUACAGCUGAACACUGAGGAGGCCGUCGUCUACGCAAGUGUGCAAAAAGAUAAAAUGUGACACACUUACCAAAAACAAUAAUUUUCAGUCGGUUUAUUGUUUUAUAAUCAUUUCAAAGAGUUUGAUUGCUUUUACAUUAACAGAAUUUGCUUUUUACUGCAUUUAUCCUACUAGCUUAAUUUAGUGUCAUAAUUUACAGUUUGUAAAAAUUGACACUGUUUGAAUAAACUGUUACAUUUCUAUUUUUGCAUUUUGUAAGAUGAUUGCGCAAUUCUGUUUCAUUCAGUUUAAUGUAUUUCUUCAUUUCUUUUCUUCAUUUGCAGUGACUGUAUGAUGCUACAUAUUAUGUUUGUGAAAAAUAAUUUGGUUCAAAACCGUAUAAUUGCUCAAAUAAUUUAUGAAAUGUCCGUUUAUUGUAGUUUUCACAGCAAGUUCUGGUUUUAGCUUCUUGAAGAAACUUGUAGAAUUAUGAAAAAAUAAACAGAAGAACAGAAAAAAAAUGUCUUUUAAUGCAAGAUUGUUAUUUUUGUCACUUGAAGUAAAAUACAUUUUAAAUAAAAUACAGUAAAAAAAAACCUCAAGGCAAUAUUUCUUAUUUUCAUUAAGUUGAAGACAAUGCUACUAAAAUAAAAGUCAUAAUUAUUACAUAAAAAGUUGAUAUUGACAGUACAGAUACAAAAGUCAUAAUAGGUGAUUGUCACAAAAAGUCAAAACUGACAAACAGUAA